AUGUCUGCUGAAGAACUAGGAUUCGAUCCUACCUUAAAAAAGAAGAAGAAGUCGAAGGAUGCCGCCGCUGUGGCGGUGGCCGACGGCGACGGCAACGACGAAGAUCUAUUUGCCGGAUUGAAGAAGAAGAAGAAGAAGAGCAAGGACAAGAAGGAGGAGGCAGAGACAGGCAAAGAAGAGGAUGAGCUUGCAGAAAGCUUUGAGGGCUUGAAGCUGAAAAAGAAGAAGAAGAAGAAGACAGUCAAGGCUGACAUCGACGAGUUCGAGAAGCAGUUGCAGGAGGCCGGUAUCGAAGAGAACGCGGCCGAGAGCGUGACCACGUCGGACCUCAUUCCAUACUCACAGCUGUUGGACAGGUUCUACAACAUCUUGAGAGAAAAGAACCCUGAGUUGGCCGGUGGCCAGCAGCAGAGAUUGAAGAUCCCACCUCCUGAAGUGUUGAGAGACGGUAACAAGAAGACGGUCUUUGCCAACGUCCAGCAGAUAGCCCAGGUGUUACAGAGAAACCCAUCGCACUUGAUCCAGUAUCUUUUCGCCGAAUUGGGUACCUCGGGUUCCAUUGACGGUGAGCAAAGGUUGGUCAUCAAGGGUAGGUUCCAAGCCAAGAACAUCGAAGGUGUGUUGAGAAGAUACAUUCAAGAGUACGUCAUCUGCAGGACUUGUAAGUCCAUGAACACAGAGUUGAAGAGAGAGGCUGCCAACAGAUUGCACUUUAUUGUCUGUAAGGCCUGUGGUUCGACCAAAUCUGUCACUUCCAUCAGAACAGGUUUCACUGCCAAUGUCGGUGCAAUGAAAAAGAAGAGAGUUUAG